AUGUCCAUGCAGAGAGACCUGCUCAUGUCCCUGCAGAGAGACCUGUUCUGGUCCCUGCAGAGAGACCUGUUCUGGUCCCUGCAGAGAGACCUGCUCUGGUCCCUGCAGAGAGACCUGCUCAUGUCCCUGCAGAGAGACCUGCUCAUGUCCCUGCAGAGAGACCUGUUCUGGUCCCUGCAGAGAGACCUGUUCUGGUCCCUGCAGAGAGACCUGCUCAUGUCCCUGCAGAGAGACCUGUUCUGGUCCCUGCAGAGAGACCUGUUCUGGUCCCUGCAGAGAGACCUGCUCAUAGAGACCUGUUCUGGUCCCUGCAGAGAGACCUGCUCUGGUCCCUGCAGAGAGACCUGCUCUGGUCCCUGCAGAGAGACCUGCUCUGAUCGCAGCCCAGCUCCCCUGGUCACUCAGGAUCGUCCAAGUAAGGCAGGUCUGGAAGAUUUGAGGCAUCUGGAGCAGCUGGAGCCAGAAGAGAGACAAGACAGAGAAGACCCACGAGAAUACUGCUAUGGAGGUUACCACCCUGUCCAGGUAGGAGACAGCUUCAACAGGAGGUACCAGGUUCUGUCCAAGCUGGGCUGGGGGUACUUCUCCACGGUCUGGCUCUGCCAAGACUUCAGGCAGGGCAGGUGUGUGGCUGUGAAGGUGUUGAAGAGUGGGACAGGCUUCACUCAGGCAGGACAGGAUGAAGUCUCUCUGCUACGCUGUGCCAGUGGACCCACAGCGCGUCAUCCUCACAGUGGCAGGAUCGUACAGUUGCUGGACGAGUUCCAACUGGUGGGAGUCAACGGGGUCCACGUGUGUCUGGUUCUGGAGCUGCUCGGUCCGGACCUGCGCUGCUGGCAGGUGUGCUUCGGGAGCCCGGGACUGCCGCUACCCUGGGUCAGACAGGUGCUCACCCAGGUCCUGCAGGGUUUGGACUACCUUCACUCCCAGUGUAAGAUCAUCCACACAGACAUCAAGCCUGAGGACAUCCUGCUGUGCCUGGAGGAGCAGGAUUCUCAGACACCAGGGGGCGCCACCACAAGCCCCAGCCAGGGCACCAAGGAUGGUACCACUGCAGGUUGACAGCUUACUUUAGUUCCUGCUGACCUGGAGAGUUCCUGCUGGGUGUAUAAACACUUCAGUGAGGAGAUCCAGACCCGUCAGUACCGCUCCCUGGAGGUGCUGCUGGGCUCAGAGUACGGCCCGCCUGCAGACAUCUGGAGCGUAGCCUGCAUGGCUUUUGAGCUGGUUACUGGAGACUCGCUGUUUGAGCCCAAAGCUGGCAAGACCUUCACCCUGGAGGAAGACCACCUGGCUCACAUCAUAGAGCUGCUUGGCAGGAUUCCUCCAUCGCUGGUGCUGUCUGGAAGAUUCUCCUCAGAGUACUUAACCCACACAGGUGAUCUGCGUCACGUCGGCCCCCUCCGUGUCUUGGGUCUGUACGAGGUCCUGGUUGAGAAGUACCACUUCCUGUUGAGUGAAGCGUUGCAGCUGUCUGACUUCCUGUUGCCCAUGCUGGAAUACCACCCAGACAGGAGGGCAACGGCUGCACAGAGUCUGCUGCACCCCUGGCUCUCCUCCUGAUGGUUCCUCCUCCCCUCCUCCUCAUGCCCCCCCCUUACACCUUCCCCUCCUCCUGCCC